UUUCCCCCACUUUUGGUAAUAACUCACACCCACCCACCCACCACUUUUCUCUAUCAAACACUCAAAGCUGCUUUUGAAGAACCCACACCACACCUUUCCUCUUAACCCUUUUUUGUACACCCUUCUUCUUCUUCUUCUUCUUCUACCACUUCUGUCUCUCACUUUGAUUCUCUUUGAGCUUGCCAAAAAAGAAAAAAAAAAAAAAGGAAAAAAAAUAAGAAGAUGAAGGAAGAAGCUAAUGAACCCUUCAAAUUUGUAGAGAUGGCCCUUAGGAUUUGUGUAGUCCCACUCACUGUGGCCUCAAUACUAGUAAUGGCUACAAAUAAGCAGGAGAGUGAUACAUAUGGGAAGGUGGAGUACAACAAUCUAACAGGCUUCAAGUACCUGGUGUGCAUCUCUGCUAUUUCUGCUGGCUAUGCUCUUGCUUCCACUCUCUCCUCCUUCCUCAGAUUCUUCUGUAAAGAAUGGGUCUUGUUUCUCUUAGACCAGGUGGUAGCAUAUUUGAUGGUGACAUCAGGGUCUGCAGUGGCUGAGGUAGUCUAUCUAGCAGAGGAGGGAGAUAGAGAGGCUUCAUGGAGUGAGGUGUGUUCUUACUAUGGGAAGUUCUGCUACAAGACCAAGGUCUCACUGGCACUGCACUUCAUGGCUUUGGUGGGUUUCAUUGCUUUGUCUCUCAUCUCAGCUUAUAGGUUGUUCAGCAAGUUUGAUGCCCCUGCAGUGGCCUCCACUGAAGUUGGGGAGGAAGGGAAGUAGAGCUUUUCUAUGGUUGGUUGAUUGAUUGUAGAACUUCUUGUGAUGGUGGUGGUUGGAUAUGUAUGGUAUACAAAAGCAUCUUCAGAAUCUUUAAACUGUGAUGCAUUCUCUUGCUUUGCUGAAGAACUGCAUAUUUAAGUUACAGAUCAUGUCUAUAGAUUUAACUUCAAGUUUAACA